AUGUCUUCCCCACAAGAGCUUGUUCCGCAAACAGAAUCUAUCGCGGAGGUCUAUGCCACCAGCGAUGCCUCCGUGAACACCCCCGCCGCUGAACACCAGGCGCGCUUCUCUGCUCUGGUCUCUCAAUUCAAUAAAGAAUACAACCACACCCCGGACUUUGUAGCCCGCAGCCCUGGUCGCGUGAACAUCAUCGGCGAGCAUAUCGACUACUCACUUUACGAUGUUCUACCUACAGCCGUGAGCGUCGACGUGAUUAUGGCCGUCAAGGUCACCCCUGGCACUUCCGGUACCACUAUUAAGAUUGCGAAUGUUGCGCCGGAGAAGUUCCCCACUCGCGAGUUCAGCGUGCCGCAUGAUACCGAUAUCGAGAUCGACCCCAAGAAGCACGAAUGGAUCAACUACUUCAAGGCCGGUCUUUCCGGUGCAUUGAAGUUCCUGCGCAAGGAGAGACCAGAUGGCGUGCCUCCUGCAAGCAUGGAAAUCCUUGUUGAUGGCAAUGUGCCCCCCGGUGGUGGUAUCUCUAGCAGUGCCGCGUUCGUCUGCGCUAGUGCGCUGGCCGUCAUGAAGGCCAACAAUCAUAAUGUGUCGAAGCAGGACCUUCUAGACCUGGCUGUUGUGUCUGAGCGUGCGGUUGGUGUGUACUCUGGCGGUAUGGACCAAGCUGCCUCUAUCUUCUCAAAGCGUGGUUUCCUCCUCUACACCCAAUUCUUCCCCACAUUCAAGGUCGAGCACGUCCCAAUCCCUACUGCAGCCGACGAAAUCACCUUCCUUAUGGCUCAGAGCUUUGUCACUUCAAACAAGGCCGACACUGCACCCCGACACUACAACCUCCGCGUGGCAGAGUGUACACUCGCUGCUGUCAUUCUCGCCAAGAACUAUGGUUUAACUCUGCCAAAGGAUAACAGCUCCCUCGGUUUCAGUCUGCGCAAUUUCCAAGAGGAACUUAUGACCAAGGAGGGACGCCUGCACGAUCCACUGGAGUACCAGAUCGAUUCCGUUAUUCAGGCUACUCAGGACCUUUUCACCAAGACCGAAGGUUACACACGCGAGGAAAUGGCCGAGCUUCUGGGCAUCAGUGUUCUCGAGCUGGAGUCAAAGUUCCUCUCUGCAUUCCCUGUUCAAGCUGAGCGAUUCCGUUUGCGCCAGCGCGCAUUGCACUGCUUCAAGGAGGCGCGUCGUGUGCUGGAUUUCAAGGCUUGCCUGGCCAAGGCAUCGGAGUUGGAUGAGAAGCGUAUUCACUACCUGGGUCAAUUGCUCAACGAGUCCCAGGAGUCAUGCCGUGUUGACUACGAGUGCAGUGCUCCGGAGGUGGAUGAGAUUUGCACCAUUGCUCGCAAGGCGGGUACUUGGGGUAGCCGUUUGACUGGUGCUGGAUGGGGUGGUUGUACAGUUCACAUGCUGCCACAGGGCAAGGUCGAGGCUGUGACAACUGCCUUACGGAAUGAGUACUACCUAAAGCACUUCCCUGAUAUCAGCGCGGAGAAGCUGAAGCAAGCGAUGGUUAUCAGCAAGCCGUCCAAUGGCUCGUUCGUUGUUACUGGAGCUGCCAUUGACCAGGUUGCCCUGUGA